GGCUGUCCUGACUCAUGGGUACUAUUAACUUGUUUGCGUUUCUUUUCAACUGGUUUUUCUACUAGGUGAAGUAGCGCCCUAAGACCAGUACUCUCACCUGAAAUACAAUGUAUUACACGUUGCUACAGGUAUGCUUGUGAUUGCUCGCGUGUAAAGAAUACCUAGACUGUAACUUUUGAGAAGGCAGGCGUUUACACAGACGCUUAACAAACAAAACCCCGAAUGCCAUUUCUGACCAAGUUCUCAGUCCUAUUAAGAUGAUGUCAGAGACUUCCCGUACAGAAGAAAAGAAACGCUUCCAAUCAGGCAUUCUACCCCUUCCCAUAGGAGCAAAUCAGCAAUCCUAUAACUGUAUAAUUAUACAGUACAUCUUUCUCAUGAAUAUCACUGAAGCCCACUCUUGCGAUACAUUCCCUUGAUUGUUUUGGCUGUGCGCUGAUUACAGCACAAGGUGAUAGACUGCCCCCAUCCCAUUCCAAAAACCUUAACUGACGAUAGCUGUCACGGUGCCAAUUUGGUGUUAGUUUCUAGCAUCAGGGUACUUUGUGUAGCGUCAACAACAUUAAAUUAUGGCGCCAGUAGACUUGUUUUCAUUUCUGGACUGCUCACAUGACCACAAGAUUUGCUGUGAUCAUUUGCCAGGGAAAAUGUCACUCUCUGUGGACUGGAUACGGCAUCGCUUUGGAAAACUGGCAUCCAGAGAAACCUCUGAAACAAACUCUGAGACAACUCCACUUCUCCGAUCAACCGCCCAAAAAAGAAACUGGAUUUAUCCGUACAACAAACAUAUUGUCUUUCCAAACAAUGGACUCUUUAUCCAAGACUUUAAAAAGUUCACCAGUAAUUAUCCUGGAAAUAAAAUACGGACUACAAAGUAUACUUUGCUCAGCUUUUUACCAAAGAACCUUUUGGAGCAGUUCUACCGGCUUGCAAAUCUUUAUUUCCUUUUCCUGGUGAUUUUGAAUUGGUUCCCCCAGAUGGAAGUUUUCCACAGGGAGAUUACAAUGCUGCCCCUGGUCAUUGUGCUGACUGUAAUUGCUGUGAAAGAUGGGCUGGAAGACUGCAGGAGAUACAGCUUUGAUAGGAAAGUAAACAAUGCAAGAACAAGGGCUUUUGACUGGAAACAUAAGGAUUAUGUAGAGAGAUGCUGGAAAGAUGUGCGGGUUGGAGAUUUUGUGAAGGUGGUUUGCAAUGAGAUAAUCCCAGCUGACAUUCUUCUGCUGCACACCUCUGACGUAAACGGCGUCUGCCACAUCGAGACGGCGAACCUUGAUGGCGAGACCAACCUCAAACAGAGACGGGUAGUGAGAGGCUUCCUGAGUCCGGACUCUCCAUUUGUACCCGAGCAUUUCAACAGCACGAUUGUAUGCGAGAAGCCAAACAAUGACCUCAACAGGUUCAAAGGUUACAUGGAAAAUCCUGACAAGAAGAAAAUUGGUUUUGACAGGAAGAGCCUGCUGUUGCGUGGGUGCACGGUUAGAAACACUGAAGAAGCAGCAGGAAUCGUGGUCUACGCAGGCCCUGAGUCAAAAGCCAUGUUGAAUAACAGUGGCCCUCGGUACAAGCGUAGCAAGCUGGAGAGGAGAAUGAAUAUUGAUGUGUUCUUCUGUGUUGGACUGUUAAUCAUCAUGUGUCUCAUUGGAGCAUUAGGCCACGUGAUUUGGCUUGGGAGCUUUCCAGAUUGGCCUCCUUUUGAAGUGCCAGACGAGAACGGGAAAUUCACUUCCCCAGCUUUAGCUGGGUUUUACAUGUUCUUCACGAUGAUCAUUUUAUUACAGGUCUUGAUUCCAAUCUCUCUCUAUGUGUCCAUUGAACUUGUGAAAGUGGGUCAGGUAUUCUUCCUGAGCAGUGAUAUUGACUUGUAUGAUGAAGAAAUGGACAAGCUCUUGCAGUGCCGGGCUCUGAACAUCACAGAGGACCUGGGGCAGAUCCAGUACAUCUUCUCAGAUAAGACUGGAACCCUUACAGAAAAUAAAAUGGUCUUUCGACGCUGCACUAUCGGAGGCACAGAAUUUUCCCACCAGGAAAAUGCACUGCGGUUAGCUGCCCAUGGAGAUGUGGACUCGGAUGAGGAAGAGGCAGUGGGUCCACAAAGAGGACACCGCUCCAGACUUCAAUUCAACUCCAAGAACAAAAGUACCAGGGCCUUCAGAAGGUGUCAUAGUGCCAAGGCAUAUUAUUAUGGCGGCUAUGGCAGGAAAAAGUCAGAAGCCCGCAGAGACAGCGAAGUGGCUUUCAGUAGUCCUUUGGAAACGGAUGUGACUCCUGAUAAAAAACUAAUGAAGAUUGUGAGGGAGGCUGCCAACCAGAUGGAGAUGUGGUGCGAGGUCAGGUACAGCUCCGACAGUGCCUCCUACUUGGAUUUCUUCCUUGCACUGGCCAUCUGCAACUCAGUGGUGGUUUCCACAGCAACGGAACCAAGAGUUAGGGUAACUGGCCCUUCCCUAUUGAAGCCAUCAAUUAAGUCUCUUGAGAAACUGCAUUCAUUUCUUCAGAAGUUGAAACCGGGUAGAAUCAGUCAAGUCUUGUCAUCCAUUCAGUCCAACUCGGACCAGACUGGCGGAACAAACCAAAUCAGUCCAUCACCUUCGGGCACUUCUGUAGGUGAGAUGAACGUGGCUGGAGAGUGCAGCUCCAGUGUGUCAGGUGGCUUUAAAGACAGUGGUGUGAGCAGCAAAGCAAGCACGGACAGUGGAGAUUACGCAGAGGGGGUGAAAGUGGGAGAUGAGAUAUGCUAUGAAGCAGAGAGCCCAGAUGAGGCCGCGUUGGUCCAUGCAGCCAAGGCCUAUAACUUCACCCUGAUGUCCAGAACCCCAGACCAUGUGACCGUACGGCUUCCUCAAGGUGUAUUGUUGACUUUUGAGGUCCUGCACACGUUGUCUUUUGACUCAACCAGAAAGAGAAUGUCAGUGCUGGUCAGACACCCUAUCACAAGGGAGAUCAUUGUGUACACGAAAGGAGCUGACUCGGCAAUAAUGGAUUUACUGGAAAACCCAUCACAAGAAAACAGGAAAGAGAACAAAAUAACUAAAAAUGCUUCAAAGACACUAAAGCACCUGAACUGGUAUGCCAAAGAUGGAUUAAGAACUCUGUGUAUUGCUAAAAAGGUUUUGAGUGAGAAGUCAUAUGAACAAUGGUCCAACAUAAGACUUGAAGCUGAAGCAGCAAUUGAGAACAGAGAUGAAUUGCUAAUGGAGACCGCUUUGAACUUAGAAACCAACCUUACACUUCUUGGUGCUACUGGUAUUGAAGAUCGUCUGCAAGAAGGAGUGCCAGAUACCAUUGAAGCUCUCCGUGAAGCUGGCAUUCAGAUCUGGGUGUUGACUGGUGAUAAACAGGAGACUGCGGUUAACAUUGCAUAUUCCUGUAAACUGCUGGACCAGAGGGAUACUGUCUUUACUAUCAAUACUGACAGCAAGGAAACCUGUGAAUCUAUCCUUGACUACACUAUAGAGGAAGUGAAAAGGUAUGCUGCCGUCAAAAACACUCGCACCAAGUUAUUUAAAGUACCGGUAGACGAUGGCACUGUCUAUCCCUUAGAGGGAGCUGGUCCCACAUUCGGCCUGGUGAUUGACGGGAAUACUCUCAGCCUUGUCUUUGAGGGGAACCUGAAGAUGAAGUUUCUGGAAUUGGCGAAGCACUGUCGAUCCGUGCUCUGCUGUCGUUCCACGCCACUGCAGAAAAGCACAGUGGUAAAAUUAGUGCGGGACAAGCUGAAAGUUAUGACCCUCUCAAUAGGUGAUGGUGCUAAUGAUGUCAACAUGAUUCAAGCAGCUGAUGUUGGAAUUGGGAUCUCUGGUCAGGAGGGAAUGCAGGCAGUAAUGGCCAGUGAUUUUGCAAUCUCUCAUUUCAAACACCUGAAGAAGCUGUUGCUAGUUCAUGGUCAUUGGUGCUACACUAGGCUGUCCAAUAUGAUCAUCUACUUCUUCUAUAAGAAUGUGGCGUAUGUGAAUCUUCUAUUCUGGUAUCAAUUCUUCUGUGGAUUCUCGGGAGCAUCCAUGAUUGACUACUGGCUAAUGAUAUUCUUCAACCUUUUUUUCACAUCGCUGCCCCCUAUCAUUUUUGGCAUCAUGGAUAAAGACAUUUCUGCUGAAACGCUACUGGGCUUACCAGAACUCUAUAAAAGUGGCCAAAACUCAGAAGGGUACAAAUGGUCUACAUUUUGGAUAGCCAUGCUGGAUGCCUUUUAUCAAAGUCUUAUUUGUUUCUUUGUUCCAUACCUUACAUACCAAGGUUCUGAUAUUGACAUAUUUUCCUUUGGGACUCCCAUUAACACUCUGGCCUUGUUUACUAUCCUUCUACACCUGGCCAUUGAAAUCAAAACCUGGACCGUAGUUCACUGGGUUACAAUGAUUGGAAGUGUCAUAUUCUACUUCAUAGUGGCUAUUGUUUUUAGUGCCACCUGCAUUUCUUGUAACCAUCCUUCUAACCCUUAUUGGAUUAUGGAACGAGAAAUGGCUGAUCCUGUCUUCUACUUAGUUUGCAUCAUAACCCCAGUGCUUGCACUGUUACCAAGAUAUUUAAUUCGCGUCAUACAAGGAACCUUUGUCCUGUGUCCUCUCCUGAAAGCUCGGCAGCUCGAUAAACUAGACAAAGAACAAAGAGAUGAGGAGAUCAGUGAAUGGAGGGAGAGAACACGAUCGAGAGAAGCUACUGUGCCACUUUCAAAUUUGUCACCACCAACAUCACCAACAUCACCAGGCAACUCUGGACAUCCUUUAGGAAGGACAUUGACCUUCGAGGCACCUUUAAAUGUAGACCUAGGCAAUGAUGGAACAACACCUCCUGGGAGGUCUAUGCUGAAUGGAACUGUAACUGAAAACAUAUAUACCUCUAUACCAGUCUCAUCUGCUGACAGGACUGGAGACGGUGGUAAGAAAGCAGAGGAUGACAGUGAUGCUUUUUGUGCAGGCCAUCAGCGAUCCUUUAGCAUAAUGACCAUUUGAAAACCAAGCGUCCUGAGGAUCUGAUUUGAAAAUGACAUAUAUAUUUGCCAAUAGGCAAAACAAUAUCAAUAAUCUUGUUCAUUGGUUCUAUAUUAAUCCCAUAUUGGGAAAUAGAAUUUGUUUGUUUUCCCCCCAAAGGUUUACUGAAGAAGUAUCUUCAUGUUUACAUUUUUUUUAUUUAAAAGAAGUGGUAAAGUAUCUUUUUUUUUACAUUUGCUUUUAUAAGUAAACAUCUCAAAAUGCCUGCUUGUGUAAUAUUAUGGUGAUACAAUAAUGUACUGUUCAGAUUAUGGCAAAGGAAUUUAUAAACUGAAGCGGUACAUACCUCAACAUUGGCAGAAUGUUAAAAAGACCAUUUAAAUUCAGUAUACUGUACUCUCUUUGACUGUUUAAUUGCUUUCCAUUGCCUUCACAUGAGCCAACUAAUCCAGAACUUGGAGUGCAGGAAGAAAAAAAAAAACUACUGUAUUCGUGCAUUGAAUUACAUUUGAUCUGAGUGCACAUAAACCAAGCAUGGCCUGGGUGUUUUAUAUAGAGAGUAAAGAAUAAGCAUGUGCAUUGCUGAUAUUGGAUUGUAGUACUUUUUAAUUGUGCUCUGCUUACCGUAACACACGUGUGAAGGAUUUUUUAAAAAUAAUUUGGUAUCAAAACUACCUCUGUGGAUAGGAUCGCAUAAUUCAGGAGUCAGGUGAUUUCUGAUCCCUGAUUCACCUCUUGUGUGGAGGGCGAGCACUAGAGAGUCUGUCUUGAGUACGCUCUCACUACUGUAUUGAAGCCCUGUGUGAAAGCAAUAUAACUCUACUGUGAUAACUACAUGGGUCAUUCAGAGAAGAGAUUGCACCAAGAUGCAUUUCUUUAGUGCAGAAUUGAUCCCGAUUUCAGUGAAAACUAAUGUGAAUUUUACAUGUGUGUAUUGUGACCAAUUCAUACCUGAAAUAUUUGUAUUGGAUCAACCUCUUUCAUAACAUGUAUUUUCCUUUUGCUGUAUACAAAUGAGAGAUAGACAAAUGGGCAAGGGCUACAAAACUGGAUUACCAGAGGUUACUGUAAAAACCAGUUACAAAAUAUGUAGAUAUCCAGUUUGGCACAGGUCCACAUCACAGCCUUAUUGAUAUAGAACAUGUAAGGACAUUGCAAAGAGUGAAGAAGAUACAAAGCACAUAUUUUCCUGGAAGGAUCUCAGUUUUGUGAGUUUAUUAACAGUUUUUAUGAUGUAAUAAAACAGUCACAGAUAAGUAUUGGCACCCUAGUCUUAUUCUAUCAUAAGUCAAGGUAACAGAUUAAGAACAAGCAUUAAACUAUCAACUUUAAAACCAAAAUUCACAAUUUCUAGUAAUGCAACAACAAAUCUUAUCAAAAAACAAACAUAUUUCAUUUAAAUAUUCGUUCAUGACAGUUGGCCCCCCAGCUUUAGUAUUUUGUGUGUUCUCAUUUUGCUUUUAUUACGGUUUGCUGAUAUUUAUGAUCAUUCUUAACGAGUAUCUCACAUCUUGUUGGUGAAAUCUGGGUCCAGUCUGUUUUGCAUGUUUAAACAGAUUGGAUACACAAUGUUUGGCUGCAGCUUUUUUCAGAUCAGUCCAAAGCAUUUCUAUUGGAUGGAGAUCUGGUGAUUGCAAAGGACAUUCCAGAACUUUUAUCUUCAUUUUUUUCAAGAAUUCCAGAAUUGCUUUGGGUUGCUAUCGUGUUGGAAGAUAAACUGUCAGCCAAUCAGCCUACAAGCAGAUGGUAUCAUUGUACUUUGUAGAAUGUUUUGAUACAUGGCUGCAUUCAAUCAAUCUUCAAUCACAUGAAUGUUUCCAGUCCCUGAACUGUUGAAACACCCUCGUGUCAUGAUUGAGUUAUUAUCAUUCUAUUACAUUUUUACAUACUUUUAAUGUAAAGGUGCCAAUACUUUUAUCAUGAACAAAUAUUUGAAAUUGUUUAAGCUUUAUUUUAUAAAUAUUGGUUGUUAAACUACCAGAAUUUGUGUAAUUUGGUCUUGGUCACAUUAAUUAGUGGCUAAUGUUCACUAAAUGCUUGUAUUUAAUUAUCUUAUAUUAAGUGUAGGGUGCCAGUACGUUUGUCUGCGACUGUAUAUAAGCGUCUUGAAUUGUUUGAAAUUCUAUUGACACUAAGGUCAGUUUGUAAUGGAGUAUUUUGAAUGAGUAGAUUUAAAGUCUGUGGUAGAUGUAGCAAUUUGAAUAUGUCUGGGAAGAAUGGCAUAUUUUGGCAAUAUAUUUACAUUGCAAGGUUUCACCAUUCUGUGGCCCCAGCAGAUUGCAAAACCUUUUAAAUGAUAAGAAUUUCAAAAUUAUUUGCUCAGGAACUUAAUGCUGGUGACAUUCUGUACAGAACACUUCAUAAUAUAGUUCUAAGAAUGAAGUGCAAAACUUGAAAUCUGUUCUCUGAAGAAAAUGUAUCAGGUGACGUCUUCCGUCUGCUCAUUUCACAGAUAUCUAAUGAUCGUGGGAGCACAGUUCUUGCAAUUUUUACAGUAUUGUAUCUGUUUUGUACUGUAAAGAUUUAUGAAGUUACUGCUGUAUACCCUAAUAAGAAGACUACCUAAGGCAGUUUUUUGUGAUUGCUCAUUGCUUUGUAGUUUUUACAAAUAACAGCAUGAACAAAGAAAAAUAUAUUCUGCUUGGGUCUAUCCCAGAACAAAAAAGGAGAGAAUGAGAUUUUCUUUAUUGCCAAGUUGAAAAUAUAUGAGAAAUCUGAGUGUGUUUGCUUGUCAAAUGGAGGUGUACAACUAAUACCAUAUUUAAGAACAAUUUGUUUGUUUAAGUUACUGCUUAACCAUUGCAGAACAUUACAAAUGCAACUUUACAGUAUAAUGGACCCUCUCUUGCAGUUUAUCCAAUACUGGGUACUUCUGAGCACUGUUUUGAUAAACUUAGAAGUAAUUCCACAUUGACUAAAUGUAUAUAGCACACACACAUGUCCCUUACAUUUGUAAAAGAGUGUGUGGUCUUAUCAUGUAGAACAUUCUUCCAGCUCAGAAAAAAAUAAGAUGUUCCCAAUAGCAUCCAACAAGCCAUUCAAGUUGGCAGUGCUUUUGGGUUGAUUUCUAAUAUUUUCAAUUUGUCAAUGGUCAUUGCUAUCUGAUGGCGUGAAUAAUCAUUGAUGAAAAUUGCAUAUUGGAUGAUACUAGAUGCUAUGGAUGAGAUUGGACUUUUUUUGGAGAUUAGCAGUGAUGCCAACCUGAAUUAUACACGCGGUUAAUUCGUUUCAUACAGAUCGAUAGCAGUCAGCUUUCCAAGAUUCAACCCUGCCUUCUUACAUUGCAAAUGCUCUGUUCAAUCAACGCUGUCUGAUAAAAAUCGGUCUCCAUGUAUUGCUUUGUAACCAGAAUAGACAGUCUUUCCUUAAUCUCUCCAUUAAGACAGCCAAAUCAAUACAUCAUCCCACACUUGUGUAUUGUAGAGUAAUGUUAAAACAAAGCGAAAUCAUUACCUGGCCUGAAAUAAGUUAAGUUAUAAACUGAAGACUCUAGUUCUGUAACGUCAGUAUUCAAAAAUGUCCCUUACGUAACUUUAAUUGUUUUAUUUCAAUAGAGAGUAAAUAGCCCACCAGAUAAUAUAACUUACUUUCUCAGUGACCGGAUUUCAGGUAAUGCAUAAUGCAAAAUGUGCCUAGAUUGUUUUUAAUGAAAAUGAAGAAAAGCAGUGACCCUUUGUAUUCAAACUAUGUACUCCUGUGAAGGUGAUCCACUCAAUUUACAGAGCAUCUCCAUUUAGGACCUGCUACCAAGCAGGUGGUUUUGAUCCUUGAGGCUCCUUACCUCCAUACAAAGCUGUUCAAGUUCCAAAAAUCCAGAUGGAGAAACUACUGAAAAAACUGGCUAUAGCAUAACUGAGCUGAAAGUCCUGGAACUGGUAUCUUAAUCAGGAUUCGGAGUUGUCAAUAAUGUUUUAUUUGAUCUCUGAUGACUAGACAAGGCAAUCUCAGGACAGGAUUAUGUUUUUGGAUUGCUGCUUGUAGGUCAGUGGUAGAUGGAGUCAAGGGAUGGAUUAUACUUGUUUCAGUGGUAUCUGUGCAAUUAAAAAGUGUAAACAAAUAGAUACUUUUUUAUUGAUUCACUCUCCAUUAUAAAAUAGUAGUACCUGUACCCAGAAAAAUGUGUUUAUUUAACAUGAUACUAAAGUCUUGCCUGGUUUCCUUCUCAAUAUAAAUAAUUAGGACACCAAAGUGAGUAAUUAAAGAGCAAGCCAACAUAUUGUGGCCGUUCUUUUACUUCAGGGACGUCCUUUAUUCAGCUCCCCAUAGUACACCAAUUAUAAAGUGACCUACAGUAUAUGCCUAAAGCUGUUAUUUAGCCUAGUUUGCGAGUGAUAAAUAAUGCUUCAUGUGUCGGUCAUUAGACCAGACCUAAGGUGGCAUAAAAGUGCCAGCCCAUUAACUGGCCUCGUGGGGAAGCUGUAAAUCGUAGUGGCAUCUCUGGGAUUUUUUUGAUGGAUACAGUGGUGGUCAGUUUUGUUUAAUCCAAAAUAAUAUUCUUUCUGUUCAGUGCAUGAUAGGCCUAAAAAAAAAAAAACAUUUGAAACUCAUCUGAUCUGCAAUGUAUGCAAAUGUACACGGUCAGCAAUAGUGAUGUCACUUCACAAGGGGCAUGACAGUGGCUGCCAGUGCAACCUCUAUGCAGUGGUUGCAUUGACCAACACUGUGACCUGAAAAAGACGUGUUACAGUGGUCCAAAUCAUGGAAACCUCCAACACGGGGCAAGACGCACCUGUCUGCACUCAGUGGGUCAGGAGCUACACGUUGUGGUCUUUUAAUUUACAUUCCUUCGAUGUUUGUUGACAUAUCUGCAGACUGAAACAUUGUGUUGCUUGUACCGCACAUGCGCUGUCAAUGAUGCUUUGUCUGUGCAACCUCAAGAACUCAACAGAACAUAGUCGGCAUCACACUGUAGACUAUAAAGAUGAUUUUUCCAGUUCAUGCUAAUUCCCUGGGUGAACAAGGACAUCAAUACAGGACUUUCUCUGCUUUCCCCCCUCCAGCUGAGCACUCGUUAAAUCCAAUGGGACAGUGCCAGGCAACCUGGACUCCACCUGUUCAAGAGUAGCCAGCCCCUUGUUGCAGCUGACUGCAGCAUAUUAGGCCGCCUUACAGCAGUGAUGGAUGGCGCUGAAAUUUCAAACACUGGCUUCCCCAACACUCCCCCCCCCCCCCCAACGGUCAUCAAUUGUGAAGUGGAGCAGUGGAGUAUGUAUUUAUCAUAACUCACGUCCAGUGCAUCAGGCGAUUGGAUCACAGAUGUUCAGCAUGAUUAAUUAUUUCAGAAGAAUAUCCCUUUCACGUGAGGGAACUUCAAAACACAGAGCAUCCUGUACAUGGGGGGGGGGGGGGGGGGGAUUCUUGUUCUGUAAACAAAACAGAGAUUAUGUUUAGGUUAAGCUAAGAUAUGUUGAAGUAAAUGCCAACUUUAUUAACAUUUAUGCCAGUAAGUGUGCAUUAAUUUACUUUGCCCAUGUACAUGCUUUCCAUUAUUUGAUUAUCUUUGGAAUGUUGAACAGUAAUUUUGCAUAUUAUAUGCGUUUUUUUAUCUUUAACUAAAUUAUGCAUCUACAAUCUACAAGCCUUCAUUUCCUGUAGGUUUUGAUGAUUAAGGCAGUAGCAAACUGUCUCUUAAAUCCACACCAUAUGCUUACCAAUGGACAAAGGGAAAGGACAGGUGUAUGACAGCAGUGGAGUAGUGGUUAGGGCUCUGGACUCUUGACUGGAGGGUUGUUGGUUCAAUCCCAGGUGGGGGACACUGCUGCUCUACCCUUGAGCAAGGUACUUUACCUAGAUUGCUCCAGUAAAAACCUAACUGUAUAUAUGGGUAAUUGUAUGUAAAAAUAAUGUGACAUCUUGUAACAAUUGCAAGUCACCCUGGAUAAGGGCGUCUGCUAAGAAAUAAAUAAUAAUAAUAA